UCAAGAGUUUUGACCAUUUUCGGUUUGCCCCGAUUUAUUCACAUCGAUAGAGCUGCGAGCGAAGUGUAGGUCAGUUUACCGACUGUUUGUGUGAAGAUUUUUUCUGCCGCUGCUACAAAGAAUUUAUGUUCGUUCCCGCUUGAUUCAUUACGCAUACGCUUUCAGAUCUAUAAUUUUCAUCGCAGCCACUAAACCCAUCACAAAAGACAGAAUGCUCGCCCUCCCCGAAGCCUCCUCCGGGCUAAUAUCGGACCAACAAGCCGACACUUUUUCCCGCCCAAUCGAGAAACUAUCCGAGGAAACGAUUAACCAAAUCGUAUUGAGAAGAAAAAUCCCCCCUCCCCAUAUUGAAAACGCAUUCGUCUGAAAAUUUGUGAUGCAGAUUUGAGGUCACAAAUCCUGUCUGUCUUGCAAGAAGGCAAAGCCAGAGAGUCCGCCGCAUUGUGCCGGCGGUUUGUGAUGCUGCUGGGCUUACAGAGCCGACAUCUGCCAUGCUAGUCCCCUACGUCAAAACCUCUCGACCCAGGCUUGGCAUAUGCCUGCAGUCCUCUCCAGCAAGACAGGCCUGAUUUGUGUACGGGAAUCCAGCAUCAGAAACUUCGUUUCGAUAUGGGGAGGGGGGAUUUUUCCCUUUGAUAAAUCGCCGCUGGGGAAGUGGUGAUCCGGCCUUGCAACGCGUUGAAGGAGCUGAUAGAAAACAGCAUCGACGCGGGGUGCUACAAUAUCAACAUCACCAUCGGCGAGGAGAAGGUUUUCACGAGCGCGACAAGCAGUUCCAGUUCGUCUAAACAACAAAAGUACAACCUCCUGCAGGUGAAGAUUGAAGAUGACGGACACGGCAUUCAAAAGCAGGACCUACCGAUUCUGUGCCACCGGUUCACAACGUCGAAGUUGAAGCAGUACAAGGACCUCCAAACGAUUUCCACGUUCGGGUUCCGGGGGGAAGCGUUGUCUUCCUUGUCCCAUUCGGCGAGGGUUACGGUUGUGACGAAAACGAAAACAGCGAAAUUAGCGAGCGAAGCGAAGUACUUGAACGGAGAGUUGGUUUCAUCUUCAGGGAACAUCAAUAGCAACUACACAAGCGGUAGUACCAGUAACGGCAUCAAGCAGAUUUCCUUCACAAAUCACGCUUUGAUCCGGCAACAACUCUCGGGCACGACGAUUGAAUUCUCCGAUCUCUUUUUCAACAACCCAGUCAGACGGGAGAUUUUCAAACAACGAAAUUCCAUCUCGGAUGAAUAUAGGAAAUGUUUAGAAAUUGUCCAGAAUUACGCCAUCCACUACCCGAGUGUGUCCUUUUCCAUCCGGAAAGGUAAUGUUGGGAACACGGUGGGUGGGGAUUUGUCCAGCGCGAUGAACAAGCCGUUCGAUCUGAAAACGCCCGGGACGAUCUUCACGAAGAAGGAAAACGUGAUUGGAAUGGUGUUGCCGGCGUAUGGAAGAGGAUUAGGAGGAGCUUUCUCUAGCAGUGGCGGCGGCGGUUCUGGUUCAAGCUCGUCUUCCUCCUCGUCUUCGCUUCUAGAUUUAACCAUCUGCCCAGGAGAGGAAGAUGUCGAUGACGAAUUUGAAGUUGAAAACAACCUAAAAAAUCACGACAGUAUAUUCGACGACGAAAAGGAUUUCACGUCUUCCAGCAAUUCCUUGCACGGUUUGAAAAUCCACGCGAUUAUCUUAUCAAAUGCAAAUAUGUCUGGGUCUUGACGGUGGCAACUUGUCAUGGUAAAUCUGAAGCAUGCAAAAAUCUGUGUUGCAUGAGUGCCAAAAGCUGUCCACCUUUGACCAAGUUGGAAGGGAGUUUCUCAUGCAGGAUAGGCAUGGCAGAGACCUCGCAGAGUCUGUCAUGCUAAGUCCCGCAUUCCAGACCUCAUGGGUCAUGGAAAAUCUGCAUGACAAGUUUACACUUUUCCAGACCCAGACAUUUUUGCACUUGAUAUAUCUCCGAUUUGAGCAACGCGACCGCCUCCGCGAUGGGGGCAUCGAAUUCGAACCCCGCGAACAGCCAGAAAUUGAUAUCGAGUGCAAAUAUGUCUGGGUCUGGAAACUUGUGAUGCAAGGAAGGGAACAGUGAGCACCCUGUAAGGCGCUGCCAAGCAUGACAGGUUCUUCGUCUUCCGUGGUUCUGAGUUGCGUACUCCGCAUGAGAAACUGCGUUUCUGCAUGACAGGCAGGCGCAGGAGGAGCUUCUCGCGGCCACGCAAUACAGAUUUCAGAUUCAUGCCCGACUAGCAUGACAAAUUUCGCAGCCUCCCAGACUCAGACAUAUUUGCACUUGAUAAUUGAUAUUGUUUGUCAACAACCGACUGGUGGAAAACCAAAGCAUUCUUCGCGCCGUCCGGGAAGGGUACAAGCAGGCGACUGCGAUCUCCGAGUCCGCGAGCGGGUUUUCAUCCUCCUCGAAUACCGCGCAGGGUUCCACUGCCGCGAAUAUGACGCGGUUUUUCGUCUACAUGGAUUUGAAAAUCGAUGGGUCGGCGGUGGAUGUUAAUAUCCACCCGACGAAAAAGGACGUGCACAUGCUGGACUCGAAUUUGAUUUGUGAUUUAUUGCAGCGAAGGAUCAAGGAAUUGCUGAAGGAGAAAUCGACUGAUAACCGGACGCUGGCGAAUUUGGGGAUAAAAACAUCGAAAAGUAGUAGUAGUGCUGCUGUCACGACGAAGAGCUGGGAUAUUGUGAAAAUCACGAGCAAUUUGCGGAAAAUCAAGGAAGAGGGGGAGGAGGAGGGGGACGAUGCAGAUCAGGGGGCCGGCCAAGGAGAUUCUCAACUCGUCGAGUCGCAGCAAUCGACAGCACAGAUGAAUAACAAAAAGCGGAAAAUCGAAGGCCGAGAUGACAAAAAGGACGACAACUUCGACCCUUUAAGCAAGCACGUUACCCGGGUCCGGAACGACACGAAGCAGCCAUCGGUCAAGGAUUUCUGGAACCAAAUUACGUCCACGCAGUUGCAAAAUCUGCUGAAGUUCACCUUUCACGAGAAAUUCGUGCGGAAACACAUCGUGCCGCUUGUGUCCUCUACUUCUGGAGCAUCAUCUUCUCAGACUGCGGCGACAGGAUUGUCGCAAAACUCAGCAGGGGUCGUUGGACAACAAGGAAUAUCUCGGGGCGGCGACGCAGGUGGCGGUGAGGAGAACGAAACAAAUAAGAGCGGCCAACAAGAAACGAGAAGCAAUCCCUUCCUCCAUUACUACGAAAAGCAUUUGAACAACGCGACCUAUUCCGAGGACUUGACCCGGAAAUUGCAGCAAUCCAUUUGGAUCGGGGUGGUGAACGAGGAGAAAGUUUUGUUGCAGACCGGGCCGCGGUGCGUAUUGGUAAAUUUGAAAAUCAUCGCGGAGGAAGCAACGUUUCAGCUUUUGUUGUUGCUGGCUUUUCGGGCCUUUGAAAAGCGGAAAAACUUGUACAUGGCGGUUGCGGCUGAGAGUAAUGAUGCAGCAGGAGGAGGCGCAAGAACCGCAAAUACUUCUACUUCCACUUCCCUUCUUCCACUACUGAAGCUAGGUGGAGGAGCAAGCGGGAAGACGGGGACUGCUGCCGUAUCCCAGAAAGGCACCAGUACUCUUACCGGGUUGAGCUUGCGCAGGUUGCUGGAGUUGUCUGGUUGUGGAGCGUCGUCGUCUGAUGGAAGGCCAGCUGGGUUCCAUGCUUCUUCCACCGAUGAGAAGGAGAACGAGGAAAAUCACAGGCAGGAGAAAGAUCAUGCCGAUCAGGAGAAAGAAAGUGAUGAGCAGAGCAGGAAUGCAGAAAGAAGCCAGACCAUCCAGAAGAUCGCGCAGACGUUCAAUGCGCACAAGCAGUUCCUUGCUGACAAUUGUGGAAUCCAUUUCUAUCCUGUUGCAGAUGAAAGAAAGGAAGAAGGAGAUGGAGCUGCUGCUUCUCAUGCGGAUCAGAAGCAAGACCAAGACACCGCUGAGUCUGAAACACCAGCAACAGAUCUUUUUCUGACCCACCUCCCGAACCUGUACUGCUUCCGGACGGUGGACAUGAAGAAGCUGUUGUCGCAGUUGCCGGCGUUUCUCGCGGAUAUCGCGGUGCUAUUGCUGUCAGGGAAGACAAAGGGUGAAAAACCAGCGAUAAUAUCACCCGUUUCGCAUAACAAAGUGCAGCACGAGAAAAUCUUUCGGCGGGUCGCAAAGUUCGUUUGCAAUGCGGUGUUGCCAAGAAACGGUUCAACGGCGACAGUGAGUACUAGCACCACCUCGAGCAAUACAAACCUCACUUCCCAAUCCCAGCAUCAGCAGCAGCAGCAACCCGACCCCGCAAUCGAAACCCUCCUGCACGAGCAGUGGCGGACGAUCCAUCUGGCGCCCUGGUUCCGCGUGCCGAAGCGGUUUGAGUGCAAAGAAGUAGAGGGUGAAGUGAAACUUUCGAAGGGAAAGAAUGCCAACACGCAACUUGAAGAUGCGAUGGAAGCAGGCGGCGGGCGGAAGUUUGCGGGGAAAAUCGUGCAUGAGGUGGUGAAUUUGGACCAAAUUUACAAAACCUUCGAACGGUGCUGAGAAUCAUGGUUUUUGCGCAAUUUGUGCGGGUUCUUCUUCGCAUGCACCAUACACAGUACUGCGAC